AUGAUGGAAGACAACAAGCAGCUGGCCCGCCGCAUUGAUGGGGCCAUUCGCUCGGCCGGCCAGGAAGUCAGCAACCUACGCUCGGAGCUGACCGCCACCAACUGCAGGCUGGCCGGCCUGGCCGCCGGCAGCCCCUCCGCUUUGGAGAACCACCGGCAGCACAAACACCACGCUGACAGACAUCACCAUUUUCAUGAUGAUUCAUCCGUGCAUCACAGACAGAAGACGGUGGUGACAGACAUGUGCUACCCGACAGAGAUUUCCAGCCUGAUGGACUUCGGCUCCCCUGACUGCUCACUGGGCAAAGUGUUGUUGCAUGAGGAGGUGGCCCAUCUUCAGGAGGAGGUGCACCUUUUGCGGCAAAUGAAGGAUAUGCUGGGCAAAGACCUGCAUGAGGACUCGCAAGGGGGGGGCAGCGCGGGUCUGCUCUCCGCAGCCGAUCUCCACGUACAGCUGGUCGACAAGGAGCAGGAGCUGGACCGUGCCAAGGAGGCCUUACAAGCCAUGAAAGCAGAUCGUAAGCGUCUAAAAGGCGAGAAGGGCGACUUAGUGAGCCAGAUGCAGCAGCUCUACACGACACUGGAGAGCCGAGAGGACCAGCUACGAGAAUUCAUACGCAACUAUGACCAGCACCGAAAGGAGAGCGAGGAUGCGGUGAAAGUGCUGGCCAAGGAGAAGGACGUGCUGGAGAGGGAGAAGUGGGACUUGAGGCGGCAGACCAAAGAGGCCACCGAGCAGGCGAACAUCUUGCGUUCUCAGCUGGAUAUGAAAGAGAACAGGAUCAAGGAGCUAGAGGCCGAGCUCACCAUGGCCAAGCAAUCUCUGGCCACGCUGACCAAAGACGUCCCCAAGCGGCACUCGUUAGCUUCCAGUGUCAACGCUGGCGGCGGCGGCGAGCCGGUGGUGAACGGCAGUCAAGAGUGGGUGAUGCAGGUCGACCUGCCGCUGACCGCCGCCAUCCGGCAAAGCCAGCAGACCCUCUACCACGGUGGACACAAUGCCGACAGACAAGCUGUGGUCAGGAUCAGCCCCUGCCACUCGCGCCAGCCGUCCGUCAUCUCUGACGCCUCGGCGGCCGACGGGGAUCGCUCGUCCACGCCCAGCGACAUCAACUCCCCCCGCCACCGGACGCAUUCUCUCUGCAACUCCAUGGAGGACCUGGAGGAGCAGAAGCGUAAGAAGAAAAAGGAGAAGAUGACACUGGGCUCGCUUUCGCGCGUCUUUGCUCGAGGGAAACAGCGCAAGUCUUUGGACCCGGGCCUCUUUGAUGGUACUGCCACACCCGACUAUUACAUAGAGGAGGAUGCCGACUGGUGA